AUGGUGAAGCCUUCUCCUGAUCGUUCCGCUAUCGUUCGUCUGCACAAAGCCGCCCGCCCACCCGUUACGAUCGCUAAGCACCUCGGCAUCCACCGUAGCGUCGUGUAUCGCACACUCCAACGUUAUCGACAUCUUGGUGGACUCCAAGACCGCCGAAGAAGUGGAAGACUUCGUACUGCUCGCACGCCGAAGGUCGUCGAGGCCGUCAGAAAGCGGAUAGCAAGAAACGCGACUCGGAGCUUCUCGACGAUGACUCGCGACAUGGGAAUCUCGCGGAUGUCAAUGGAAAGGGUCGUCCACGAGGACCUUAAAAUGUACCCCUGCCGUACUCGGAAGGCUGCUAUCCUCAGCGCCUCUAAUCGAGUCAAGAAGUGCCGACUGCUUUUGCUUCGGACGACCGACAAGAAGGGAAGAGUCGUUCACGGGAGCGAACUCCCCGACUUCAUCUCGGCAGAAGAAUGGCCGGCAUCGUCACCGGAUUUGAACCCACUGGACUAUAACUUGUGGUCGUACCUUGAGAGCAAGGCCUGCGCCACUCCCCACCCCAAUUUGGUUUAUCUGAAGGCAGCGCUCAUCCGAGAAUGGGACGAAAUCGACGACGCACUCCUGCGUCGCACUCAUCGACGCCUUUCCCAAGCGACUCCGCGCUGUCGUCCGCGCCAAAGGUGGCCGAAUCGAGAAGUAACUUAUGAUUGUUAA